AUGCCGCAGACCUGCGCGCGGGAGAGGCGGUGACGGCGGCCGGGCCCUGGGCGUUCGGUCCCGCACGCCACGCCCCCUCCCGCCUCCCUGCCUAGACCCCUUACUGGGGGCCCAGGCGGGGCCCAAAUCUCCGCAGGCGCCGCCGCCAUCGUCUGUGCCGCGUCCCUAGCUCGGCGAAGGACAGGCCUCGCGCCGGGACCGCCAUCGAUUUCUGAGGUGCCGGGAUGGCGGGGGAACUCCACUACAGGGAAUUCAGGGUGCCCUUAGGGCCAGGCUUGCAUGCCUAUCCGGAUGAGCUGAUCCGCCAGCGAGUGGGCCAUGAUGGGCAUCCUGAGUACCAGAUCCGCUGGCUCAUCCUCCAGCGCGGGGAUGAUGGGGAAGGGGGCUCCAACCAAGUGGACUGCAAGGCAGAGCACAUCCUGCUGUGGAUGUCCAAUGACGAGAUCUAUGCCAACUGCCACAAGAUGCUGGACAAGGACGGCCGGGUCAUCGGGCCUUCACAGGAGACAGCUGGGGAGGCUGGAGCCCUGGACAAAUCAGUGCUGGGGGAGAUGGAAACCGAUGUGAAGUCGCUGAUUCAGAGGGCCCUAAGGCAGCUGGAGGAAUGUGUAGGCGCCAUCCCCCCUGCUCCUCUGAUUCACACUGUCCAUGUGCUCAGUGCCUAUGCCAGCAUUGAGCCCCUCACGGGGGUCUUCAAAGAUCCAAGGGUCCUGGACUUGCUCAUGCACAUGCUCAGUAGUCCUGAUUAUCAAAUUCGCUGGAGCGCAGGCCGAAUGAUACAAGCCCUGGCUUCCCAUGAUGCUGGGACCCGGACCCAGAUCCUCCUGUCACUGAGCCAGCAAGAGGCCAUUGAGAAACACCUGGAUUUUGAUAGCCGCUGUGCUCUGCUUGCUCUGUUUGCACAGGCCACGCUCUCUGAACACCCCAUGUCUUUCGAGGGCAUUCAGCUGCCACAGGUCCCAGGAAGGCUGCUCUUCUCCCUGGUGAAGCACUAUUUGCACGUCACCUCUCUCCUGGAUCAGUUGAAUGACAGUGCCGUGGAACCAGGAGCCCAGAACUCUGCUUCCAAGGAGUUGAGCGGGGAGAGGGGUCGGCUGGAGCUGGAAUUCAGCAUGGCCAUGGGCACCCUGAUCUCCGAGCUGGUACAGGCCAUGCGCUGGGACUGGGCCUCCCACAGACAGAGGCCCUCAGCCCAGUCCUCCUGUUCCAUCUUCCAGCCCCAGCUGGCAGGUGCAGGCCCAGGGCUCCCACAGGCCCAGGCCACGCCCUCCCUCAGGAGGUCAAGGCGGUUUCGCCCUCGCUCUGGGUUCACAAGUGGUGAUACCUAUGCCUUGUAUGUGCGGGACACACUGGAGCCAGGGAUGCGCGUGCGGAUGCUGGAUGACUACGAGGAGAUCAGCGCCGGGGACGAGGGCGAGUUCCGGCAGAGCAACAACGGUGUACCCCCAGUGCAGGUGUUGUGGGAGUCGACAGGCCGUACCUACUGGGUCCACUGGCACAUGCUGCAGAUCCUGGGCUUUGAGGAAGACCUUGAGGACGUGGUUGAGGCUGAUGAGUACCAGGGGGCAGUGGGCAUUGGAGCCGGGGGUGUAGCCCUGCCCUCCUGGAGGUGGAAGCCCAUGACCGAGCUCUAUGCAGUGCCCUACGCGCUGCCUGAGGAUGAGGACACCACGGAUAGUGAACACCUGAGCCAGGCAGAGUGGUGGGAGCUCCUCUUCUUCAUCAAGAAGCUGGAUGGACCUGAUCAUCAGGAGGUUCUCCAGAUCCUGCAGGAGAACCUGGAUGAGGAGAUUCUGGACGAUGAGAUCCUGGCUGAGCUGGCCGUGCCCACGGAAUUGGCCCAGGAACUGCUGCUGGCUCUGCCACAGCGACUCGAUGACAGCGCUCUCAGAGACCUGCUCAGCUGCCGUGUCUACAGGAAGUAUGGGCCCGAGACCUUGGCUGGGCAGUCGGUCUACCCAUCCGUGCUGGAAGCCCAGGCCCAGCCUCAGAAAUCGGCAGUUGCAGCCAGAGUGGAAGCAAAAGAAGCCUCAACUCAGUGCCAUCACACUUCCCUGCAGCGUCUGGUGGAGGGUUAUGGUCCUGCUGGGAAGAUAUUCCUGGAUCUGGAGCGAGCCCUCCGCUCAGAGGGGCCCCGAGAGGGUGAGGUCAAGCCACUCCUGCUGCAGCUGCAGCGGCAUCCCCAGCCCUUCCUCGCGCUGAUGCGGAGCCUCGACACUCCGGCCGCAGCCAACAGGGCCCUGCACCUCACCGUCCUGAGAACCCUGAUGCAGCUGGUGGACUUUCCUGAGGCACUGCUGCUCCCCUGGCAUGAGGCCAUGGACACCUGCAUGGCCUGCCUGCGGUCCCCAGACACUGACCGAGAGGUGCUCCAGGAGCUGAUCCUCUUCCUGCACCGCCUGGCCUCGGUGAGCAGGGACUACGCCGUGGUGCUGAAUCAGCUGGGAGCCCGCGAUGCCAUCUCCAAGGCCCUGGAAAAGCACCUGGGAAAGCUGGAGCUGGCUCAGGAGCUGCGGGACAUGGUGUUCAAGUGUGAGAAGCACGCGCACCUCUACCGGAAACUCACCACCAACAUCCUGGGAGGCUGUAUCCAGAUGGUGCUGGGCCAGAUCGAAGACCACAGACGCACCCACCGCCCCAUCAACAUCCCCUUCUUUGACGUGUUCCUCAGAUAUCUGUGCCAGGGCUCCAGUGUGGAGGUGAAGGAGGACAAGUGCUGGGAGAAGGUGGAGGUGUCCUCCAACCCUCACCGGGCCGGCAAGCUGACCGACCGCAACCCCAAGACCUACUGGGAGUCCAACGGCAGCACCGGCUCCCACCACAUCACCUUGCACAUGCGCCAGGGCGUCCUCGUCAGGCAGCUGGCUCUGCUGGUGGCUGGCGAAGACUCGAGUUACAUGCCCGCCAGGGUGGUGGUUUUUGGGGGCGACAGCACCACCUCUCUUAACACAGAACUCAACUCGGUCAAUGUAAUGCCCUCCGCCAGACGGGUGGUCCUCCUGGAGAACCUGAACCGCUUCUGGCCCAUCAUCCAGAUCCGCAUAAAGCGCUGCCAGCAGGGUGGCAUCGACACACGCAUUCGGGGGUUGGAAGUCCUGGGCCCCAAGCCCACAUUCUGGCCUGUGUUCCGGGAGCUGCUGUGUCACCACACACGCCUCUUCUACAUGGUUCGGGCCCAGACUUGGAGCCAGGACAUAGCAGAGGACCGCAGGAGCCUCCUACACCUGAGCUCCAGACUCAACGGGGCUCUUCGCCACGAGCAGAAUUUUGCCAAUCGCUUCCUCCCUGACGACGAGGCGGCCCAAGCCCUGGGCAAGAGCUGCUGGGAGGCCCUGGUCAGCCCCCUGGUGCAGAACGUCACCUCCCCUGAUGAGGAUGGCAUCAGCCCCAUGGGCUGGCUGCUGGACCAGUACCUGGAGAGCCGGGAUGCUGCCUACAACCCUCAGAGUCGCGCGGCUGCUUUCUCCUCACGGGUGCGCCGCCUCACCAACCUGCUGGUACACGUGGAGCCCUGUGAGGCGUCCCCCAAGGGCAGAAACAGAAGCCACGACUGGAGCUCUCUGGCCACCCAUGGGCUUCCCAGCAGCAUCAUGAGAAACCUGACCCGUUGCUGGCAGGCCUUUGUGGAGGAGAAGGUGAACAGCUUUCUGACCUCACGCUGGCAGGAUGAUGACUUUGUGCCCCGCUACUGCGACCACUUUCACAAUCUGCAGAAGUCGAGCUCCGAGCUGUUUGGGCCACGGGCGGCCUUCUUGCUGGCGCUGCAGAACGGCUGUGCCGGGGCCCUGCUGAGGCUCCCUUUCCUCAAAGCUGCCCACGUGAGUGAGCAGUUUGCCCGGCACAUUGACCAGUGUAUCCGUGGCAGCCGGAAUGGUGGGCCCCAGGGGAUGCUGGCCCAGCUACAGCAAUGCCUGGAAAGCGUUCUGAUCUUCUCUGGCUUGGAGAUCGCCACCACUUUCGAGCAUUACUACCAGCACUACAUGAUGGACCGUGUCUUUGCCGUGGGCUUCUCGAGCUGGCUGGAGGAGGUUGCACUGGAUCAGAUCGGCCCCUGCUUCCCCAACCGCCUCCCCCAGCAGAUUUUUCGGAGCCUGAGCACCUCGGAGGAGCGGCAGCGCCAGUUCCACGUGUACCAGCUUCAGCGGCUUGAUCAGCAACUCCUGAAGCUGGAGGGCACAGAGAGGAAAAUCCAGGUGGGCCGCGAAGCCAGUGGCAGGGGGCACGCAAGAGGGAAUGGAGAGGAAGCUGAGCUGGAGGUUGGGGUGGUGGCAGAGGCAGUAGCGGCGACAGCCGAAGAGGCCGAGAAGGAGGAGGAUGACAACGAGGACGAGGACGACAACGAGGACCUCUACUAUGAAGGGGCGAUGCCGGAAAUGUCUGUGCUUGUGCUGAACGGCUCGCCCACUGGCUCCAUCUGCCACCCGCUCAACCCCAGAACCUGCUUGCCCGCCUACCUGAGGGACACCUUGAACCGAUACUCCAACUUCUACAUCAAGAGUCACAGCUACCCUGCUCUAGAGCGGGGCCCACAUCGGCAACUGCAGUGGACAUGGCUGGGCCGGGCUGUGCUGCAGUUUGGGGACCAGACGCUGCAAGUGACCACCGUGCAGAUGUGGCUGCUGCUGCAUCUCAACGAGCUGCAGGCCGUCUCCGUGGAGCGUCUGCUGGCGCUGUCCGGGCUCUCUCCAGAUGUGCUGAAUUGGGCAAUUAGACCUCUUGCCUCUUCAAGGGGCCCCCUGGAACUUCAUGAGCCAAAGGACGCCCCAGGAGGGGUGCUCAGGAUUCGAGAUGACAGUGAUGAACCCACACCGCGGAAGGGCAACGUGUGGCUCAUCCCAGUUCCGACAUAUGUGAAAGCUGAGGACGAGGAGGUCCGGAACUUGGAGAAGAGACGGAACCUCCUCAACUGCCUCAUCGUCCGAAUCCUCAAGGCCCACGGGGAUGAGGGGCUGCACAUUGACCAGCUCGUCUGCCUGGUGUUGAAGGCCUGGCACAAGGGCCCAUGUCCUCCCAGGGGCUUGGUCAGCAGCCUUGGCAGCGGGUCCACCUGCAGGAGCACCGAUGUUCUCUCCUGCAUCCUGCACCUCCUGGGCAAGGGCACAGUGAGACGCCAGGACGACCGGCCCCAGAUGCUGUCCUAUGCGGUCCCCGUAACCGUGAUGGAGCCUCACACCGAGUCCCUGAACCCAGGUGCCUCGGGCCCCAACCCACCCCUCACCUUCCACACCCUGCAGAUCCGCUCUCGGGGCGUGCCCUACGCCUCCUGCACCGGCACCCAGAGCUUCUCUACCUUCCGGUAGCCCUGGAGUCAGGCUCAGGGCUGGGUCUGGCCGGGGGCUUUCUACAGAAUAAAAUGCAGAAGUUUGA